UUCUUUCUUCUUCGUAUUUUUGCAGGCCAAUUCCUCCUGGAAUCUUCACGAUAUGACGAAGCAGCGGCGGAGUAUGAAACUGCUGCUGAGUUGGCGCCCGAUGACGUGGACGCCGUUUUGAAUGCAGCCAAUGCUCUUCGACAAGCCGGAAUCAAUUCGAAAGCAGAAAAGUUUUAUCGACGAGCUGUUCUUCUUCAACCAAAUAUCACCAUCAAAAGUGAUCAAGGAUCCCUGUUGUCCACUGGUGAUUCA